AAGGAAAUGUAGCCAGUCUUUGUGCCGGGCUUGCUGUACUGUGUACAUCAACUCUCAUUUGACUGAGUUGUGCUUUUGGUUUGCCAAAUGUUUUCUUAUUAAGACCAACUGAACUAAGAACAAAAUGACAACUGUGAGAUAUGAACAAGGAUCGGAACCACCAGAAGUUCAAGACUUUGAAAAGCCACCAGAGGCCAGUGUAAAGAUUGAUGAUGGCCGUGAUGAAGAUGGUGAACCGGACAGCUGUAUCAAGGAUAUUAAGACACAAAUUUCUCCAUUUGUGAUGUCUUUUGGAUUCAGAGUAUUUGGUAUUGUACUUAUAUUUGUAGACAUUGCACUUCUGAUUGUGGACUUGGCUGUUAGUGACACGCAAAGGAACACUAAACAGACCCUUGAAGGUGUUUCCUUGGGGAUAGCUCUCUUCUUCUUUGUUGAUGUUCACCUGCGAGUAUUUGUGGAGGGCUUCAGAACCUACUUCAGAUCCAAACUGAAUAUCUUGGAUGCCCUCAUUGUUGUGGGAACUCUGUUGAUUAAUAUGGUGUAUUCUUUCUCUGGCUUCAGUGCAGCAGACAAGAUCCCAAGAAUGGUUAUCUUCCUUCGAGCUCUGAGAAUUAUCAUUCUGAUAAGAAUAUUUCGCCUAGCCUCACAAAAGAAACAACUUGAAAAGGUGACCAGGAGGAUGGUCUCGGAAAACAAAAGGCGUUAUAUGAAAGAUGGCUUUGAUCUGGAUCUCACUUACGUUACUGACCGUGUUAUUGCAAUGUCAUUCCCAUCUUCUGGAAAGCAGUCUUUCUAUAGGAAUCCUAUAGAGGAAGUUGUGAAGUUCUUUGACACAAAGCAUAAGGAUCACUAUAAAAUCUACAACCUCUGCAGUGAAAAAGGCUAUGACCCAAAGUACUUCCACUACAGAGUAGAAAGAAUCUUCAUUGAUGACCACAAUGUCCCUACUCUGGUGGACAUGCUGAAGUUUACUGCCAGUGUCCGGGAGUGGAUGAAACAGGAUGAAGAAAACAUCAUAGCAAUUCACUGCAAAGGAGGCAAGGGCAGGACUGGAACAAUGGUCUGUACCUGGCUUAUUGACAGUGAUCAAUUUGAAAGUGCAAAGGAGAGCUUGGACUAUUUUGGGGAGAGAAGAACAGAUAGAAGUACCAGCUCCAAAUUUCAAGGAGUAGAAACUCCAUCUCAGAGCAGAUAUGUUGGCUAUUAUGAAAUAAUGAAAAACAAAUAUGGCCUGAAACUUCCACCAGAGAGGGAACUCAGAAUAAGAAACAUCAAGAUCCAUGCUAUACGUGGAGUUGGAAAAGGCAACGGAAGUGACUUCAAAGUUCAGAUAAUACUGAAAAAGCAAGUGGUAUUCCAGUGUGCGUGCACCAUUCAAGAAAACUGCAGGUUAUUUUUUGAUGCUGAAAGAGACUUUGUAGCAAUUGGUUUGGAAGGCUGCCCUGUCGUAAGUGGUGACGUAAAAAUUCGAUUUGAAUCCCGUUCUGAUCUUCCAAAAGGCUAUGAUGACUGCCCAUUCUUCUUCUGGUUUAACACUUCCUUUAUAGAAAAUAACAGGCUUUACCUUCCUAGAAAUGAGUUGGAUAACCCUCACAAGGCCAAAGUGUGGAAGAUCUACAGAGAGGAGUUUGCUGUGGAGUUGAACUUUGUUGAACCAUAGUGAGAUGUUGGCACUUGCUUAAGUUUUGUUUCCUUUAAGCAUGUUUAGUCUCUUCCAAUAAAGUGGCAUCUUCUGAGA